AAAUUGCAAUUGUCGCUGGCUUCACGUACGCAGCUCUGCAUAGCAAGUUAGAUCUACUACAUUUAUUUUCAGUAGUCAUUUUCAUUUACACUAAAUGAGUGACAGCGAUCUACAAGAUGUCAAACGAACAGUCGCUUAUGUGUAUAGUCCUGAGUAUACAGAAAUCUGUGAUUCUCUCUCUAAAGUUCCCAACCGGGCAUCAAUGGUUCACUCCUUGAUAGAGGCAUAUGGUUUGAUGAAGUAUAUGAAACUCAUAAAACCACAGUUUGCUUCUAUGGAGCAGAUGGCGGCGUUUCAUACUGGCUCUUACCUGGAACACCUGCACAAAAUCAGUCAGGAUGGUGAUAAUGAUGACCCACAGUCUUCUGAUUUUGGUUUAGGCUACGACUGCCCUGUGGUGGAGGGGAUCUUUGACUACGCUGCGGCUGUGGGUGGGGCCACCCUGACGGCUGCUCAGGCCCUGCUGGAUGGGAAGUGUGGGGUGGCCAUAAACUGGGCCGGGGGGUGGCACCACGCCAAGAAGGAUGAGGCGUCUGGCUUCUGCUAUGUGAAUGAUGCAGUCCUUGGUAUCCUAAAGCUGAGGGAGAAGUAUGACCGGGUCGUAUACAUCGAUGUGGAUCUUCAUCAUGGUGAUGGAGUUGAGGAUGCUUUCACUUUCACAUCCAAAGUAAUGACUGUGUCACUACACAAAUUCUCCCCGGGCUUCUUCCCAGGUACAGGUGACGUGACUGACACAGGCCUUGGGAAAGGACGCUGGUAUGCUGUGAACGUUCCAUUGGAGGAUGGCAUCGGAGACGACCGGUAUUUUCAGGUUUUUAAGAGUGUGAUACAGCAGGUGCAGACGCUGUUCAACCCCGAGGCCGUGGUGAUGCAGCUAGGAGCCGACACCAUGGCUGGUGACCCCAUGUGUUCCUUCAACAUGACACCCGUGGGAGUCGGCAGGUGUCUACAGUACGUCUUGGAAUGGGAGCUGCCCACCCUAUUGCUUGGAGGAGGAGGUUAUAAUCUUGCCAACACGGCUCGAUGCUGGACCUAUCUGACGGGGACUGUCCUGGGUCAGUCGUUGGCGUCUGAGAUCCCUGACCACGAGUUCUUCACUGAGUAUGGACCCGAUUACUCACUAGAGAUCAGCCCAAGCUGCAGACCUGAUCGCAACGAUGCCCAGCAGGUAGACCGAGUCAUCAACACCAUCCGAGGGAAUCUGAAGAAUGUAGUUUAAGAGUGGGCCCAAGGCUCAUGUUUCCAAAUCAGGCCCACUUGCCUAAUGAAGACAGUAUGUGGAGGCGGAUGCCAGAGGGGAGCUUUAGAAAACAUCACUCCAAUGUUUCCAGGAAUCUAUUUUAAUGUACACACAGGGAAUAGAGAUUUUUAAAAUCCCAUUUUCACAUUUCUUCCCCCCCCCCUCUUUUUUUUUCUCUAAAAACACACAAAAAACAUGGAUGGACCAAAACUCUAUCGUCCUUUUGUUCCCUCGGAAAGUAGUGUCUUUUCUCUAUCUGAAGAAAAGUUAAUUUGGUCCAUAUGGUUCUGCCAUAAUGGUUACUGUGGAUGAUAACAUUUUUGUUUGUCUUUAUUUGUAUAUAUGAAUAUAUGUACCAUCAUAAAUCCCUAAUCCUGUGUGCAGAUGAAGUCAUAACUCAUGAUGUCUUUGAGAUGGCUAGUUGUACAAAUAUUGUCAAUGGGUGUGCAUGUUUUUUUCUCUUUGUCUUUAACUUUGGUCAGCUUUGUGACUGACGGAAGUAACAUUGUCCUUUAAGCAUACUACCUUCCUUUUUUUCUAAGUAAAACUGUAAAUAAA